AUGACGGCAGCGAUGGUGAAAAUCGUCGCUCACGCUUGCCCUGGGCCGUGCUUCGUGGAGAAAAGUGAGCAGUCUAGUUUGGAGCCACCAUCGGCACACAUACCACACCUUUCCAUGCUCUUUGACUCAUUUUUAAACUACCAGAUUUGCUUAUUGAUAUAUCACGUUGAACGGAGCGAAAGUCCAUCAGCUAUAAUGGAGAAGUUUGAAUUAGCUUUGGAGAAUUAUUCGAAGUUUUCUUUUGCUGCAAUGAUCGAAUAUGAUUGCAUGAUGAAAGCUGUUUCACUGUUUCGAUACCAGCGAAUGUAUGUUGAGAUGGAGGUUGGUUUCCGACGCAAGUGUUCGUUCUUUGCUCGGCUUGGUGUUUUGUUUCGUUUGCAAAUUGGUGAAGGCGAACAGAGAACUCCACAAGAUUACCGAGUUGUCUACCCCGUUCUAUACAGGACUCUUCCUGGUUAUGGAAUCAAAGAAAAUGUGCGCGAAGUGCCACAAGAUGAUGUGCUCAAAGGACCGGUGCAGCUGCAAAUCAAGGCUUUGCACGAAGUUUAUACUGCCGCAUCGCGAGCGGAGCUUUAUGAAGCGGCAAUCAGGCAUCUCUGUCACCUGAUCCAGGUGUACUAUGAUGAUAUGGACCCACAGUUGGCAAAUCGUCUCUUUGACGAUCUUCAAAAUCUGGUGCGAAUCAAAGGUAGCCCACCUCAACUUAAUCAGCGCAUUUCGGUUCCGGUUGGUAACAUAAUACUUCCUUCCAUUCAGUUGACAAGGUUUCCUGAGGUCAGUGAUCCAAUUUUGUGCCCCUUGCCGCCGCAUUUAGCUCCAAAUGUGCUUUACCCGAAGUCUGGACAGCCACAGUUGUUCAUUUACUCGCCCUUCCAACAAAAGAAAUUAUCAACAGAAAUAUUUUGGGUGGUGGACUGCGCUUGUGAAGUAUCCAUUCUUGUUUAUAAUUGUCGACCAUAUGAACUUGUUGUUAGGGAACUGUGCUUGCUUGCUGAUGGUUGUGUCUUUGAAUCGGUACCGGUACGGUUAAUCUUACCAGCGGCGAAUGAAGGUGCUGCCCCAGCUAGGAUCAAGCUCAUUGGUGUACCGAGACAGUCCAUACGGACUUUUAGGACGCCUGGCCUUCUUACCAUAACGGGUUAUUGCUGUGAAGUGUUUGGUGUGAAAAAUGUUUGUAAACUUUAUGGGCCAAAAGGACCUCUUAAGGUCGAAGUGCUUCCAUCGCUUGCUGUCAUGCAACUAGUGUCGUCAUUGCCAAGAGCUCCUAUCGAAGAGGAUCAAAAUGAUCAUAAUGCUGAAAUCACCGUUUAUUCUGGACAACUGUAA